AUGAGCUUCAGUGAAGCAGCCCAGAAAAGCCGCACUAUCCGAGCUCUUGAAUCAAAGACGACGGUCCCCGACAGCACUAUUGUCGGGCUGGCCGAGGCCGCCAUGUUGACCGUCCCAUCGGCCUUUGAUAACCAGUCGGCCCGGCUGACAGUUUUGUUUGGAGACGACCACAGAAAGCUCUGGUCCAUCACCGCCGAUGCGCUGCUGGCGAGGAUUGGCGAGAAGCGCUGGAAUGAGGGCACCAGGGACCGCAUCGUCAACUUUGCCAACGCCUACGGGACCAUCCUGUUCUGGGACGACCAGUCGUGCGCGGCCGCGAUGAAGGAGCACGCUCCGGACAUAUACAAGGACAAGACAGACGAGUGGGUGCAGCAGAGCAAUGGUAUACACCAGUAUUACCUGUGGACCGCCUUUGAUGCCCUCGGACUGGGUGUCAACCUGCAGCACUACAACCCCAUCAUCGACUCCGAGGCGCAGAAGGCGUGGAGCGUCCCAUCAGACUGGAAGCUAAAGGCACAGAUGGUGUUUGGCGUCCCCAAAGACGGUAGCACGCUGGGGGAGAAACUACAGAAGCUUCCCUUGGAGUAG